UACAUGCGCGUUGUUGCAAAAGAGGCGGAGGGAUUCAUGACAGCGAUCCAAAAUGCAGAAGACUCCAUAGCAUCUGAGCGGACUUUAAGCGACUUACUUCGCGAACUCAAUGCUAUCAGCCAUAAGAUCAGGGUUUCAAACCUAAAGACACAGUUUGCGUUCAGUAACGAUGCUGCAGAAUGGGCAGACAAUAUUCUGAGGUCACUAAAACUCAAACAUAUGCGGCGGGACCUGCCGGGAUUCACUCGAGGGAUGGAGAGAAACCAUCCAGAUCGUUUGCAAGAAACCAUUGCGGAGGUACGCCAGCACAUUACCGACAUCGCUGCGGAAAAUCAGCAGAAACGACAGGAGCAGCUUCAACAAAGAGAAGAUGCUCGAGCAGAAAGGGAAGAGAAGUUUCUCGAAGAAAGCAUCAGAAUUGCCGAAGAGACGAAACGGGACAGUCGAACCAUGCGCGGCAUAGCCUGGGUCACUAUCGCAUUUCUUCCCGCGACCUUUGUGUCUUCAUUCUUCGGCAUGAACUUCUUCAACGGUAUUGCCGGAAACGUACCUUUCGAUGAGGCAAGCCGCAGCGUCUGGCUUUUCUUCGUGGUAGCCAUACCAAUCAGCGCUGCGGUACUAUCCACGUUUUAUAUCUGGGAUGAAAAG